AUGGCCGGAUGCGCCAGAGGAAGCUUCUUUGUCCAAAAGUUGCGUGGUUGGGAUGGUGUGCCUAGGGAAGGUGAUUCACAAAAGCCGAAGUUGGCAAAAGCACCAGCAUCAGAAGCCUUGCAGGCCAGCACAAGCCCGCAGAGGGGACCUGACCGUUGCAGUCUUGCCCAACGGCUGGCAGCAGGAAGGACGUUGGAGCUGCUGACAACACUGAUGGUAGUGCAUUUCCUGAAGAUCUGUGCUGCCAAAGUCACACAGUUGCAGCCCAGAGGAGGUCUCUUUGCUUUCCGGGACGAUCAGCCGGUGUUCAUUCUGAGUGUAUGGACAAGCAGAAAAAUUACUUUGGCUGAUGUGGUUCCAUUGAAGCAGGCAACUUUUCAAGGACGAACCGUCCUCAAAGCCAAAUACACAGAGACCCGCACAUGCAGAUGGAGUGAGCUCAAAGAUGUUGGCUUACAUUUCCAGGUUGCCAACUGUGCGAAUGAUCGCCGUGGAGCGAGCUUGCUGUUCCAGAAGCAACCGGGGGAAACACAAGGAGAUCAAGGCAGAGCUUUGCGCGAGAAUGCAGCUUUGGCAGCUCUCUGGCAGGCUGGCAAUGCAGAGCUAGGUUUGGCCACUUCAUGCACAGUUGAUCACUCGGUGCGAUCCGUUCUGCCACGUUUGCAGGCGCACCUGGCCGAACGAGCUGCUUCAGGUAUUACCCAUCACGCGGCCCCACGCGCAGAUGAGAGCCGUUCCUUUUGGAUUCUGGACCUGCCAUUGCCAGUGCAAGUGGAUGGUCGCCGCCAUCGCUGCCAUACGUGCGCGCACUUGCGCAUCUUCGACAACUGCACCGUGGAGACACAUGAUGUUGUUGCAGCCUAUCCUGACCUGCGGGCUUUGGUGGAGCAAAUCUGUGGCAAUGCUCUUUCCCUCAAUGUAGCUGGGCGCAUGAAAGAAUUUUGCAGUGCAGUGCCCAAAUCUGUAUCCAUCCGCUCCAUUCUCAUGGCAGCAUUGGAAGAUUACACCAAGGCAGCUUCACGCGAGAUGCAGCGGCUCAUCAAUGUGUACAGUGGUUCAGUGAUCAGAGGAGAUGGAAACCAGGAUGUAGCAAAAAGGAUUACAAUGUAUGAUGAAGCAAGUCAGAAAACACACCCAUAUACGGUGCUCCUAGCUUGGGUCACGGUAGACGGGGCCUUGUUUCAGCCUGUAACAGCAGCUGAAACAGAAGACUGGGUCGACUUGCAACCUGAUCUGGAUGCUGUGGUAACCAACCUGAAACAGGACAGGCUGGCAUCAGGCCUGUCCUUAGCUGAGGCAGCCCCAGUAAGUGCAGCGAGUCCAGAUGCCCCAUGCCUCAUUGCUGAUCACAAAGACAUCCUGCAGCGGUUGUCCUUGAAACCAAGGGUGGCAGAAGAUGUUCCACCUGUGCUCUCUGAGCCAGGUCUUUUCCUUGAGCUUGAAGAGGAGGGUGUGACCUUAGCUGCAGCCUUUGGCUUCACAGAGAAUGUAUGCUUUGAAUGUGCUGACACCUGGUUGCAGCUGGAUGCUCUGGAAUUUGACCCUCCAAGGCGGUCUGGAGAUGGCAGCGGCCGGGCAGAUGUGCAGCGGAUUCGCUUGCUCUACAAGCCUGAUUUACACGGAGAUGAUGGGCUCGUUAUAGUUUCCUCUGACGAGGAGGAUGUCAUCUCCCCGCAGCAUGCUCCACCAGACGUGCAUUAG